GCGUACUCUUGGAGCACUACACGCCUCGGGGGAACACUAUCACCAGUGCCUCAUAUUCAGAUCCCUUGAAGAAUCAUCUUCGACCUGCAGUCAGACCAAAGCGACGUGGGCUUUUGCAACACGACAAUGCUCAGCCCCAUACUAUCUUUGCAACAGUUGCAACAAUCCAAGACUUGCACUAUAAGUGUCUUCCACAUCCGCCAUACUCAGCAGACCUAGCCCCAAGUGAUUACCACAUGUUUGGGCCACUCAAAGAGGUAAUGGGAGGAAAGAAGUUCCAUUCUGAUGAAGAG